CUCCACUUCCAAAGCACGUAUUUUAAUAUAAAUUUGUGAUUCUUUGUUUAAAUUAUAUCUAUUUUGUGCGCUCAAGUCUGCUUAACAUGCCGAUAUAAAACAUUUCUUUGAGGAUUUAACAACUUCUCGAAUUAUUGUGGUGGUACCAGGUCGUGGAAUGCUGUGUGUUGAUAUUUUGAUGUUUCUGAGUCCCAAAUCUGGAAAAAUCGAUUUCUGUGGAUAAAGUCGGUUUCCAAGUUUGAUAUCUUCAAGUCUGAGGUAGAAAGUUGUACUCCGUGACGGCAUACCAUAAACUAAAUACUAAGAAGGCAUUGCAACGAAGCGCUCUUCUUGUCACAGCUAUGGACAGACACUCCUGCAUUUGGAUAUUCGCUUUUCUCCGGAUUUCAUGUGUAUUUGCAGGAAGCUGCGAAUGGCGUUACUAUGAGCACUACAAACAAAAACGUUGCGAACCUAUACUUGGAGAACAAGGAUGUCCUAUAAGGUUCGAAUGCCCACCUUUGUCUGACGAAACUAACAAAACGUGUUUUCACAACGGCAAAAGCUACAACGACGAGGAAGUCAUCAAAGAUGCCGGGCCCUGUGCUAGCUGUUCAUGUGUAGUAGAUAGCGUCAAUGGUGGUUAUAUAGCUUGCUGGCCGGUGGACUGUCCGAUGUUGGAAACUCGCAAAAAACAUUGCUAUAUGGGUUAUAAACCUGGAAGUUGCUGUCCUGAAGAAAUAUGUCAUAAAACUUGCGAGCACAAUGGAAUUACGUACGAGCUUGGAGAAAUCAUUAAAACUAAAGAUCCUUGUCAACGCUGCAUCUGCACAAUCAAAUGGGAAGGAGAAUAUGGAUACGGAUGUGAAAAGACCAAAUGCCUAAAUGGCAUAAAUGCUUAUAAAAUAAGAAAAGGAUGUUUGCCUAUCUAUGAAGAAGAUGUAUGUUGUAUGAUCGAUAUGCAUUGCGAUGGUAUCCACGGUGCAGAACCUGUUGCCUUCCCAAAGUCAAACACAGAUGAUCUUUGCCGUUAUCGAGGAAGAUACUACAAGCGUGGAUCUACAGCAUACCUAACUGAAGAUUUAUUUAAACAGAUUGAAUGCAGAUGUGAGGUACCUCCCGACUUCAAAUGUAUCAAGAAAUCUUCCAAAAUGGAAUAAAGAGGGCAAUACGGAACGUUAUCCACAGUACGAACUUCUAUAAUGUACAAAUUUACACAUCUCUUAGACUUUUGUAAUAACUUUUAAUUAUUAAAUGUUUCCUCUCAGAAAUAUUCCAACAGCUUUCACUAAUGCACAAUAUUUGCACUUUCUGCAAAGUCAUUGUAAAGGACAUAUUACAAAAAAAAAUUUAAUUGUACAAUUAAUAAAAGUAUGUAAGAUUUCAAAAUAAUA